AUGGCGAAAGAAUAUCAUGAAGAUAUCAAAGAAUAUCAACAGGAUAUCAAAGAUUUGAAGAAAGCGAAUGAAGUGAGAGAUAAAGCCCAUGAAGCAUUGGUGGUGCAAGUGGGUCAAUUAGCGGAGGAAUUAGCCCAAAUUAAACGCGAGCGGGAGGUUUUGGCCAAUGGUACAAUAGUAGAUGGUGAUGUGGUGGAAGAGGUUAUCGAUCUUCCCGAGCAAGAAAAUGGAUGUUUGAACCAAGCGGAAGACAUCAUACCGCGAGACGAGUCGGAUCCGAAAGAUGCCCACGUUCAUAUCCAUCCUUCUCCCAUACUUAUCACUCCAACCAACAAAGUUGGGGAUGCGGGUUCGGCCGAGGCUAAGACUGGUGCUACUUCUGGUGCUGAGAUUAGAGGAAAAGGAUAUAUGGGCACCCUGCCCAAAUGUGAUGUGUGUCAGUUUCAUCACACUGAUCGAUGCAGAGCUGGAAAAUGUGAAACGUGCGGAAAAGUUGGCCAUGCCAAAGAAACAUGCUGGUAUGGUGCCGGUCGUGGGAAUAAUGGUGGUCAGAGAGGUAGUGGUAAUGGUAAUGGCAAUGGAAACCGUGGUAGAAACAGUAAUGGGAAUAGGAAUAAUCAAGGAGGUAAUGGUAAUCGUGGUGGUUCUGGAAACCAAACUGGUAAUGGAAACCGCAACCAAAACAACAACCAGGGCGGUACUGGAAACAAGAAAGGAUGUUUUAGUUGCGGAGAUGUCGGGCAUUUCAAGCGAGAUUGCCCAAAGAACAAUCAAGCCCAAGGAAGAGUUUUCAACAUUGGAGCUAGGGAAGCUCGCCAGGAUCCAAAUGACAAGUUAUGA